AUGACUAAAGGGAUGCCUUGCCCUGAUAGUGUUGGCUGUUCUAAAUUGAUUUUAAGACUCAACAAGCCAUGGUGCUCAAGGAAAAUCACUAAAUUAAAUAAAAUGGAAGUUUUUUACUUAUCUCCUAUUUCAUCAUUUCUAAACCUCAUUGAAACCCAUUACGAUUCUUCCAGCUACACCUGUACAUAUUUCUUGCCCCAAUCGUUACAAACUGAAUCAUUAAUGGCAGUAGUUUUUGAUCAGGAAGCUUCUCUAUAUAAGAUUGGUGUAUUUAUGGUUAUGAUUGAUGAUAUUCCAAUUAUAAUGAAAGAUGAAGAUAGCUCAUUUACUUUUGAGGCCACACUGCUGGAAGCUUAUAAAACUAAUGAUGAAAAAGUAUUGUUUUUUCUAACUGAACUUAACAUUAGUUUACCUCUUGAAAAUGAUAACACUGCCCUCGUAAUUGCUAGUAAAAAAGAAGAUUCCUCUGCUCUUGACGCAGUAAAGGCACUCGUACUUAGUGAAGUUUUGAAUAAUAACAUUCAAAAUGAUAAAGGAUGGACUGCUUUGAUGUAUGCUAGUGCCAACGGAUAUCACCAGGUUGUUGAACUGUUACUUAAUAAAAAUCCAGAUAUUAAUAUUCAAGAUAAUGAAGGAUGGACUGCUUUGAUGCAUGCUAGUGUCAAUGAUCCAGAUAUUAACAUUCAAGAUAUUAUUUAUGGAAUGACUGCUUUGAUGCUUGCUAGUAACAAAGGACAUCACCAGGUUGUUGAACUCUUACUCAGUAAAAAUCCAGAUAUUAACAUUCAAGAUAAUGAUGGACAGACUGCUUUGAUGUAUGCCUGUCACAAUGGACAUCACCAAGUUGUUAAACUAUUACUGCAUAAAAAUCCAGAUAUUAACAUUCAAGAUAAUGAUGGACAGACUGCUUUAAUGUAUGCCUGUCACAAUGGACAUCACCAGGUUUUUCAACUCUUACUGAGUAAAAAUCCAGAUAUUAACAUUCGAGAUAAUGAUGGACAGACUGCUUUAAUGUAUGCCUGUCACAAUGGACAUCACCAAGUUGUUGAACUAUUACUGCAUAAAAAUCCAGAUAUUAACUCUCAAAAUUCUGGCAUUACAGUGGAACCUCUGUAUAACGUUUGUUCAGACUUUACGAUAGCUGGUUUUACAUCUCCUGAUGAGUGUGCUCGAUUGCUUGACAAGUUUAGCUUUAGUAAUUUUAUUACUAUAUUAGAACUUUUACUAGAUUAUCAUCCUAAUCAUAUUCACACUAUUAAUGGUAAGGAGCUUCAUUCAUUAGAACUGGCAGCACUGUCCAAUAAUUUUGAUGCAGUUGCAGUUUGUAUGAAGAAAUGUGAUAUCACACCAGAAGACAUCAUCAGUGCUAUAUCCUUAGCAUGUUAUGGAGGCCAUUCUUCAAUGAUAAUUCAUUUGUCUGAGAAAAUAAUGUCUUUUUCAAAUGGCGAGGGAAAAUUAUUAGCAGCAGCUGCUGAGGGAGAUUUAGGAACAUUAAUUAGUAUGAUUUAUGAAGUUGGUAUAAGUCCAGAUACUCCACUAGUAGCUGGUAUAACUCCAUUAAUGAUAGCAGCUUCAUGUGGACACAUUGAACUAGUUGAUACACUAAUACAAGCUGGAGCUGAUGUUAACAGAAGAAAUGAUGAAGGAAUGAAUGCACUGGAUAUAGUGAAUGGUGUUGAGUUUUACAAUCGAUCUGAUAUUAAAGAGCUACUAAUUACUAACACUCCAGCUGGUGAACCAGAUCCAGUGUCAAACAAUAGUGAGACUACUGAUCCCGUAUCAAAUAAUGCUGAGUCAACUAAUAAGAAACACAGUACUGUUACAGCAAUCAAGUCAAUAUUUGGCCUGUUUAGUUCAUUUAUGAAGAAAGCUUAUGAUCCAUACUACAGCAAGCAAAAACAACUGAAGAUACCUUAUGGAAUAGCAAAUACACCAAAUUCAGCAGUGACAAAUAAUAUGUCACAGCUUGUGUCUUAAUCAAUGAUUGAUUGC